UCAUAUUAUAAGUAUUACAGGAUGUCUCGAACUUAAAUGUCAAAACUUCGGAAGCGAUUAAUAAAUGAAGAAAAAGUAGUCUUCUUGUUCUCAAGAAAGUGGAGUAAAUCUUUAAAAAUUUUUUCCUUUUGUUAGUUUACCCUCCAAUGUUGCCCUCUAUAUACUUCCAAAGUUUUGACAUUUAAAUUCGGGACACUCUGUAUAUGUUAACCAGUAGUAGCUCCUCUGUCGGAUCAUUUUGUAUUCUGUGAACAUUUGUCGAUCGUGUGUCAUGUAUGUGAGUUAGGUUAUCUAUGUGAAGAUUUGUUUUCUUAAAAAAUAUCGAUUUGCUAUUUCAUGUUAAAAGAAAGAACGAAAUUACAUACACAUUAUGUAUUACAAUUGUGGCGAACAAAAAAUAUUGUAAUUAAUAAAAAUAUUUAGGUUAUUAAAAAUAAAUAUUUAGGUUAGGGUGCAUAUGUAGACAUACAUAUGUAAAUAUUUAAUAACGAUAACGCAAUUUAAUACAGUAAUUAUUUUUAUUUUUUAUUUUUAUUUUAUUACUUUUGAAGUUCAAAAAUAAAUUUUAAAACAAUGGACAGAAGUCCAGUUUUAAAACGACCUAAACCAACUGAUAAUGAAGAAGAAUUAUUUCGUAUGCAAGAAGAAUUCCUAAAAAAUAAACUACAACCAUCAGCCAAAGUGAUUAAUUUAAAAGAAUCUACAAAAUCUUUAAAUGCUACUUCUAGCAACAGUCAAACAAGUUCUAACAGAGUUAGAUCAAAAUUUUCUGAGUUGAAAAAAUUGAAAACUCAAGAAAGAGUUUCUACUUCUCAAACUAGCGGUGAUAUUAUAAAUCCUGCAAUAAAAGAAGUCGAAAAAAAUCUCAACUUUGGAAUAAAGGAUUCUGUUCAAAAUAUAGAAAUAACAUCCUCAAAGAUAAUAUUAGGAAACAUCAUUGAGAAGAAAUAUGAUGCACACAAGUAUGAAUUCCAUAAAAGGAAAUUUACUUGUUCUAAUAAUGGUUUUCCUGAAGUUUUUGUUUCUAAACAUAUGAAAAAUGGUAAAAAUGAAAGUUUAUUUAUGCAAGAAAUUUCUGUUGAAAGCAAUAACAAAAUAGAAAAAUCUCAGAAUUCUGGAUCUUUGUGUAGUACUGAUAAUAGUGUUAUCGUAGAAGGACCAUGGGCUAAUGAAAUACAUAAAGAAAAUUUGGAACGAUUAAGCCAGAUGAGUCAGGAAGAUAUUCUUAAAGAAAAGAGUAAACUUGAGAUGACUUUAAAGCCAGAACUAAUACAGUUUUUAAAAGAUAGAAGAAAUAAAAAACAAAAUACAAAGAAGAAUUUUGAAGACAAAAGAUUAAGUACUGAGAAACAAGAUCAAAAUGUAAAAUUUACAAAUGUAGAAAACUUAAUUACAGAAGGAGUUCUUAACAAACAUGAUAAAGAUUCACCCAAAAACAAUGAUGUUUCACCAAUGCAAAUAGAUACAGUAGAAACAGAUAUACCCAAACCUCCCAAAGAAUUAAUGGAACAAGCUAAAGAGAAAGGUUGGAUGCAUAUGGAUUCUCUUGAAGUUGAAAAAUUGAAAUGGAUGGAAAAUAUACCCCCAGAAAAAAAAGAUAAACCUGCUCCAGAUGAGCCAUACAAUGCUCGUUUUGACUUUAAUGGUGUAUUAUUGCCAUAUAAAGAUGACAAUGUACCUAUUGAAAAAGGCCUUCAUCAUCAUGGAGAAGAACCUGAUCGUCCUGGUUAUUCUCUACAAGAAUUACUACAACUUAGUCGUUCAUCAGCACAACAGCAACGUUGUACAGCUCUUACAACAUUAGCAAAUAUAUUAGAAAAAAGUCGCAACGGCUGGUAUGAUAAAGCAUUACAACCUGCACCUUUGGUUGCAUUAAGUCAAAAAAAUUUUUUAUUAUUAUUAAGAUUUUCUUUGGAUGAUACAUCAGUGGCUGUGAUUACAGCAACUUUACAAGCGUUUAGAAUUUUCUUAUAUAGUGAAGUGGAUGAAGUCUGUUUAGAUAGACUAUAUGGUUUUCAAAAUUAUAAAGAACCUGUUUUAGCAACACCAAAAACUGAUGUUGAUGAUAUAAAUGAUUUAAAAGAUCAUGAACUAGUACAAUUAGAUGCGGUUGCUGCCCUAUUAAGAACUGAUAUAUUGCUAAGGAUCAGUUAUAUUUUGAAUGAAAUACGACCACCGCCUGUUGCUGUAACUUGUGCAUUGGAGAUUCUAAUUAGACUUGUAAGACAUUCGCCUAUUACCGUUAUAAAAAUAACAAAUACACCAAAGUUAUUGGAGAGUAUAAUUGAACAUUUUAUACCAUUGUCUACGGAUGCAUUAGCAAUGACAGAUACUAUAAAUAAUGUUUAUGGAGUUCCAGUAGUAGCUGCAAUUAGAUUUUGUCGUAUACUACUUUGUUAUGGAGGAAAAUAUGUUGCUCAAAAAUUAAAUAAUCUUAAAAUUAUGCAGCGUAUUAUAUCAUACGGUAGUUGCGAUGCAGGAAAAUCAAGUUAUAAUCUUAUUAUCGAAAAUUUACGAUUAUGGAGAACAUUACUAUUGUAUGAAGAUGCAACGGAUAGUUUAACAGGAGCACAAUUAUUUCUUGUGUCACAAUUACAACUUCUGUUAAGUAAUCACGAUAUUCAAAGCGCAUCUGAACUCUCCUGUGAAUAUGCAGCUGCUUUAAUUGCUGUUGCAAGUUGUUUGACACCUCUAAAAGUAAAUAUAUCGAUCUUGUUGUCCAAAUGGAGUACACAACUAUUAUCUUUAAAUAAUGUCACGUGGAGUAAAACAAAACUUAUAGCGGAAACAUUACUAGCAGUUAGUGAUAGUGCGAUCAAAACAUUGAACAUAUCUCGAUCACAAGUAUUUUCUAACCUUAAUUCUACGUCAAAUUUGUUAAGUGAUUGUUCUUUAGCUCUCGAACGCGAGCCUUCUGCUUUGCCUCAUCUGGGAGUAUUAAUGUAUGAUGGACAAGUGCAACCUAUUGUGUCUCAACAAUCUUGCAUGCCAUUUCUUGCAACGGUUUUAAAUGUAUUUAUUAACCAUUCUUUCGUAGAAGAAAUUCAGGCAGUGCUUAAUCUUCCACAAGUUUAUAAGUAUUUAAAGAGGCUGGUAACAGCAGAUUGGUGUUUAGAAAGAUCAUGGUAUACAAGAUCUGAAUUGUCUUUUUUAGUUGCUAUAGUAAAUGCAUCUUCUCUUGUGAAGGAUAAAUUAGAUAAUAAGACAAUGCAUAUUAUUUGGAAAAUUACCAUUAAACUUGUAUCAUCUUUACCUGCCGAUUGCUCUUCUGAUGUAAAAAAGAUGCUUAGGAUUUCAUUGUCAGAAGAAAAAUUAAAUUUAGAAAUAGUAACGAAUAAAUUAGAAACAUUAAAUUUGAAUUCAAAUAUCGAAGAUAUUAAAUUGAACUUAAGUUGCAACGUAUCUAAUUUGUAUGAACGGUAUGUAGCAUUAAAUGGUAAAUGGGAUCAAGCGGCAAUGCCUAAAGAUUGGCUUUAUUUACCCGUCGUACAUAUUUAUACAAAAUGUAGAAAUAAUAAUGUAUGUAACGAUGACGAUAAAGCUGCUAUCUUAGCCGCACUGAGUUUAGAAUUAGUGCUACCAGAUUUGGUUGAAAAAUUAUCACAAAACUUGAGGUUUAGUAGAUUGGUACUUAUAUACUUAUGCGAGACGCUGUAUUUAAGUAACGAUGUUUCUGCUUUGCUUACUAAAGCGAUGACAACUUUAUUAAAAGAUAAUUACAAGAAGCUUAAUUUUACAAUAAAUUUGCCGGGACUUAAUUCUUUUACUGAUUUGUUUACUGCGAUGUGCGAACAUUUUUGUUCAACAUCCUAUGGCGAUUAUGGUUUCUCAAUGACUCUAUUAGUACCAAUUGCACAAAGGCACGAUGUUCAUUAUAGAAAAUUGUUGUGGUCGGAACAUGUAGGUUUGCUUCGAUAUGUUAGAUUACCAUUAGAACAAUUAGUUAUUCCAUUAAAAGAAUAUCUUUAUCCCCUUGAGGAAGAUACAUCUUUAAUAGAAAGUUAUAUAACAGUGCUUAUUAGAGGAAUUAUUAAACAAAGCUGGUGUCCUAUCCCUUAUACAAUUGCAUUGCAUCAUUCUGCUAUGUAUUUGAAACGGUCAAACAAAUUAGCAAUACGAAUGAAAACCCAAUUAGAAAAGAUAUUUGAUAAAGUUUUAGCUGGUCUUUUGUUAAAUUAUCAACCACCCACAUUUUAAAAUUUAUGUACAAUUACAGAUUUUGAUAAGAAAAUAUGGGUUGCACAUAUUAUAUAUGUAAUAUACGUAGUAGCAGUAAAAUUUACUGUUAUUAAUAAUUUAAAGUUAACAAAUAUGUAUACAACAAUUUGCAAUAUAGGUUCAUCAAUAUGUCUUAUAAUUAACAGUAUUAACUCAAUUAUUAAAGGAUUAAAUAAUUUAUUUUAGUUGAUUUAAAAAUGUACAGAUCUCAGCAUCAUUAAAUACAAUUAAUCAUGUGAAUGAAGAAUAGGAACAAUCUGUGUUUACAUUUACAAAAAGCAUAGAGGCACUGAUUGGUCACUUUCGCUGAUAUUCCAAAAUUUUCAAUGAACAUAAUUAAGAAAGUAUAAGCAAUAAAAUCAUGAUACAUUAAGAAUUUAUAAUUUGCAAUGUUCAUUUAUGUAUCCAUACUUAUUUAUAUAUCGAUAUAGCUAUACAAUGUAUAUGUAUACCAAGAUAUACAUCUAUUUGUAAAUUAUUAUUUAUAAUUAAUGAUUUCAUUCAUUUAUCUUCUGAUUGCAAAUUUAAUAUUGUGCGAAAGUUUAAGCAAUAUAAUUAUUAUUAGAAUUAAAGUGAAAAUUACAAGUCAAUAACAAAACUAUGUAAGCUGUAAAGAAUAACAAUUGUGAUACAAUUACACGUCUGUGAAAAAAUAUAUUUUUUUAUAACUUCUAUAAAUUUUCUUGAUCUUAUACUGAAAACAUGUAUUAAAUUUCUUAAAAAUGAAAUUCGUGGAACACAAUAGGCAUAUGUAAGUUUAAUAAUUGCGACAGUAAUUAUAUAGUAAUGUCAAUAGUUUAACAUGCCUUAAAUGGCACGGUUACGUGCUGUUUUAAAUAAAUUUCGUGUACAAGCACAUUAAAUUGCAUAAAAUUUUUUUAUGAAAUGUAGCUAGCGAAACAGUUUAUAAUCAAUCAACGAUGUACUUCAGAACUUGUAUUAGACUUUCAUUAUAUUAGUAACAGUAUAAUAGUAUAUUUUUGUUUGGUCUGCGCAUUUUUUUUUUUUUAAUACAAUUUA